AUGGCUGCGUUGCUCUUUAACUGUUCUCAUCCUUUCCUGCAUAUCCUUACUCCUCUUUCUCACCAAUCAAGGUCGGCAAAACAUCGGAAAUAUCUCUUGUUUCGGAUAUUCAAGAGCGAUGAUGACCGCCCAUCAAGUCCUGGUCCCGGAGCCUACGCACUUCCAACAACAGUAGGGUUCCCAUCCCACGACCCAUCUCGCUACAGGAACCCAAUGUACUCGUUCGGGAUCAACGCUGGUUUCCGUGUGAAGCAACUUGGACCCGGCCCAGCUUACCGCAUAGAUCGAGUCACUAGAGACGGACUAGUAUCCUCACCGGCUUGGAGUUUCGGAGCUAGGUUUCCAACUCGUUCGACAUUAAGAACUCCCGGUCCGGGGGCGCACGCUCCGGAGCGCUGCCCUCCAACCAAAGAGCCCCGAGCACCCCAGUAUUCUAUGGGGGCAAGAUUGGGCUUCGCCCUUAAACGAGUAGGGCCAGCGUCUAACGCGUACGCCCUAAGACUAGGUCCCGGUACACCGGCGUAUACAAUGGGAGCGAGGGUUGGAUUCAAUCCGAAAGCUAAAUCACCAGGCCCAGCUGUGUACUUCCAAAGGGAUGUGGAUGUUUAUAAAACAAGAUCUCCUCGUUAUACUCUCGGUGCGCGCUCUGAAGGUGCCGGGAAGCCGACGAAAGCCCCCGGUCCAGCCACCUACCCACCGAACUUAUAUAACACGAAGAAGAAUCCAUAUUCUUAUUCGUUUGGCACCAAACAUGGUGAUUACGCGCCCCCAAUGAUCAUCAAAGAAGACACGAUGGAUUGCUUAUGA